GCCAGCAUGGGGCACGGUCCAGGACAUGGGCGCCACAAAAAGAAGAGUAUAUUACGGAAGCUGGGCCAGACUUCCCUCAAUAAGCUGAUCCCUAAUACGUACAGUCGCAGAAUGACGAGGUACAGUGCUUAUGAUGCUGAUGCUGUGACUGUCAGGGGGGACGUUAUAGUUGAUAGGAGGAAGGAGUUAAUUCAACAGAUGGAGGAUAAGGAGAGUCUCUUUCUGGAGAGUCUGCUGACGAAGAUUCACGACAUUGCAUCAAAGUUUGUUUUGGUGAACACAGAGCAUGAGGAUUUUCCCAUUGUGUAUGUGUCUGACGAGUUUCUUAGUUACUGGAAAUACUCGAGAAAACAGAUAUUCCUGAAAGAUGGACGGUUGCCGAUGUUAGUUGGUGAAUCCACCAGGGCAGAUUUUGUUUCGAAUUUAGAGAAAACAAUGAAAGAGGAGGUUGGGCAUCAUUACAAAGAGUACACCCUCUAUAAAGAAGGACAUAAGAAGACAGUAUCCUCAAUGGUGAGUGUACUGACACUACCAAAGCACUCAAAAGCUCGUUAUGUUCUUGUAACCACCGACGAGAUGGACAGUGCCGAACAUUUUGGAGUCGAUGUAACCACCAAGAAAAAAAACGUUACAGAAAUUUUGUCUGGCUUGUUCAACUGUGGAAUUGACGAAGGAAAAGAGAUGAUAAUGAACGAUAACUUUGUGCCCAAAGCGAUUCAAAUGGCGACUACGAUUCGAGAAGAAUUUGAGAAAGAUAACAAACAAUUUUUUUUGAUUAUCCACGACAAUGCACCUAAAUUGUUUUGGGAUUGGCUGGUCUUGUAUUCUGUUAUCUGGGCCAUAUUUAACAUACCAUUCGAGCUUUCCUUCCGUAUUCCAUGUACCUCACCGAUGAACACUACCAUGGCUGACUGCAGUGACAUGAACAAAGGGUCGGCUAAGGGCUCCCUGUUUGAGCAAGAAUGGAUUCUCUCGUUGGUGUGUGAGCUUCUUUUCAUAUUUGACGUGCUUUUCUCCUGCAUCACAACCUUCAUUAACGAUGACGGAGUCGUCAUAUCUGACAUCAAACACAUCUUUCAAACAUACUUAAAAUCCUGGUUCCUGAUCGACUUCAUGGCUGCGAUACCGUGGGAGCUAUUCAUCCGGAUUGGAGGUCUACAAGAUGACUCCUUUCUGUAUUUCCUGAAAGCGAUAGCGUUAUUGAGAGUAUUCAGAAUAGUUCGCAACAGUAGCUAUUACAUGUCCUCUGGUUUCUCAUCUCUUAUUUUCAUGAUGGCUAUUUUCGUCGUCUUCGCUCAUUUUAUUGCAUGCGGAUGGUUUGCUAUUGGUAAAAACAACCUGAUCCACAAAGACGGAUGGUUAUACAAGUUUGUUGAGAAUUCACAGGAUCCAGCUAACGUCGGGAGCUAUGAUAAAACGCUGCCAUUUGAUAGAUACGCUGUCGGCAAAUAUAACUAUGAUUCAGGAUUGUCCAUCCCUAAAGUGUACCUGACAUGCCUUUACUUCUCCUUCACCUCUCUCAGUACCGUAGGGUUUGGCAACGCCGCCCCACAGCUACAUUUUGAGAGGGUCUACAGUAUCUGCCUCAUGGUGGUCGGUGCUCUGAUGUACGCCACCAUAUUCGGUUACGUUGCAAGUAUCAUCCAUCGUAUCAGUCAGCAAACAUCUGAAUUGAACGAGCGACAAACGGAACUGAUUGAUUUUAUCCAUGUGCACAAGUUUCCGGAGUCACUUGCCAGCAGGAUGGAAGAUUUCUUCUACAAUCAUUGGUAUACAACAAAAGGUGUUGUCGCAAGUGAGAUUAUGGAAUCGUGGCCGAAAGGGUUGCGUGAGGAUUGUUUCCUGUACAUCCACGAUUUGCUCCUAAAACAGUGGCCAGUGCUAAAAGAGGCCAGUAUUGGGUGCCAGAGAGCGCUGAGUGAGCGCUUGCAGCGCUUCACACUCUGCCCUGGUGACAUGAUCUACCAUUCUGGAGAUUGUGUGGGGGAGAUUUACUUUGUUAUCCGCGGUCACAUUAAGGUCAUCAAGAAUGACAAGCUCAUCGGGGUUUUAACUUCUGGCGAUGUAUUUGGGGAGAGUUUCUGGCCUACAAGAACGGGAAGAAAAUCCAAAGCCAACGUACAAGCACUGACUUACUGCGAGUUUGAGGUGUUGUCUCACGAGAGUUUAAACGAGAUUAUGAUUCUCUUUCCCGAUUAUUGGGACAUUUGGGCGGAAAAAUUGAAGAUUUCUUACGAACUCAGCUCAAAAACUGCUCUUUUUACCGAGGAUACGCCUGAUGAUCUCGUAAGAUAUGUUGAAAACCAACGAACUCUCGCGCCUGACUCCAUUGUUGAGGAGAUACAGAACAAAGUUACAGAUCCUAAACAGUAUUACUAUGAUCUAUCUAAGAAAAGGGCUCAAACUGGGGAUGGAAAUUCAGGAAUCAAAUUUGACAGCAACACAAAACUAAUAUUGCAACAGGCAAACGAGCUACUAAAGGCUGCUGAAAGUAAAUUUGAAAAGUAAAAUUAAAAUAAGAAACCAACUGUUAUUCUAAUGACAGAAACAUUUCUCUUUUUUUUUUCUAAGAUUCGAUGUUAGGACUUAGGUAAUACGUUAAUAAUUCAAAGUUUUUUAUUACAAAUCUUGCUUACAUUACAUUAUAGUUGAUUAUUGAAUAUUGUUGGUUACAGAUGUUGUAAUUUAGUUUGAUUGUAGUUGUACAGUUAUAUUUGAA